AAUCGUCAAGACGUAUUCUCGUGGCUCGUGAGUACUCAGUGGUCGUAAGCCGUGCGUAGUGAACGGUCGUUGGUGAAGAAUACCUUACCCAAUUGAUAAGAAGUAAAAACUAUUCUUCAUACCUACGGUAUUGAAACACAAAGAAAAACUAUUUGCAAAACUUGAUCGUAGACGAACUACUUGUUUCUUUAACUUGAUCUGUCACAAAAAAUAUCCACAGUUUUUAGAUCUUCUAACGCGAUGACUAGCACCGGAGAAAACCCAGAUUACAAAUCGGCCAAGUCGGUCUACGAUUUUACCGCAAAUAAUAUAAAAGGAGCAGGAAUCCCGUUAUCAAAGUAUGCUGGUCAUGUGCUUCUCAUAGUAAAUGUUGCUUCGAAGUGUGGACUGACAGCUACAAACUACAAGGAACUCAAUGAGCUCUAUGACCAAUACCAUUACUCGAAGGGGCUUGAAAUUCUGGCUUUUCCCUGCAACCAAUUCAACGGACAAGAACCUGGUGGUAGCGAUGAAAUCUGCAGCUUUGCUGACAGGCAAAAAGUUAAAUUUGACUUGUUUGAAAAAAUUGACGUAAAUGGUGAAAAUACCCAUCCACUUUGGAAGUAUCUGAAGCACAAGCAAGGUGGACUUCUGGGCAGUUUCAUUAAAUGGAAUUUCACAAAGUUCAUUGUCGAUAAAAAUGGACAGGUUGUCGAAAGACAUGGACCAAAUGUAGAUCCCAGUAAGUUGACAUCGCACCUCGAGAAAUACUUCUAGUAUGAUAUCCACAUGAUGCACAUAUUGCAGAAAUGUAUCUGUAACUAAUGUACUGAUGUUUAAUCAAAUUUGCACAUUCACAGUUACUUGAAUCCAGGCGCAAAAAAUAAAAAUAUGUGAAAAAAAUAA